CGCAGAUGGCGGGGUUCCGUUUACAAGCUAAUCUGGCGGGAACUGUUGGCGUACCUGUUCGUCUACUACGUCAUCAAUUUUACAUAUCGAUACGCGCUGAACGAGCAACAGCGGGAAAUAUUCGAAAAGAUCCGAUAUUAUUUCGGGAACUCCAGUGAAUCGAUACCGAUGUCGUUCGUUCUGGGAUUUUACGUGAGUCUGGUUGUGAAACGAUGGUGGGAGCAAUACAAAUUAUUACCCUGGCCGGACAACUUGGCUCUAUUUAUCAGCGCAGCUAUUCCCGGUAACGAUGAGAGAGGCAGGCUGAUGAGGAGAAACAUCGUAAGAUACGCGGUUCUCGCGUACGUCAUCACUCUGCAGAGGAUUUCGUUACGAGUAAAGAGACGAUUCCCAACGCUUCAGCACAUCGUAGAUGUUGGUCUGAUGAUGGAGUCUGAGAAGAAAAUCUUCGAGAUGAUGAACAAGAAGGCGGCCAUGUCCAAGUAUUGGAUGCCGCUCGUCUGGGCGACGAACAUCAUCAACAGGGCCAGGAGAGAAGCCCUGAUAACCAGCGACCAAGUAGUGCAAACCCUCCUCGUCGAGCUGAGCGACAUCCGGAAGAGGCUUGGCGCGCUCAUUGGUUACGACACUGUUUGCGUUCCUCUUGUUUACACUCAGGUAGUCACGUUAUCGCUGUACGCGUACUUCUUUUCUGCGUUGCUCGGUAGACAGUUUAUCGACCGCACCGACGCCGAUGGCGGGAAAUACGAGGUACCGGACAUGUACUUCCCAUUCUUCACAGCACUCCAGUUCUGCUUCUAUGUGGGAUGGCUGAAGGUCGCCGAGGUGUUGAUCAAUCCGUUCGGUGAAGACGACGACGACAUCGAGUUAAACUGGCUGAUAGAUCGCCACAUCAAGGCUGGAUACAUGAUCGUGGAUGAGAUGCACGAGGAGCAUCCAGAACUGUUGAAAGAUCAAUAUUGGGACGAGGUCGUGCCGAAAGAUUUACCGUACACUGUCGCCAGCGAACAGUACCGACGAGAAGAACCGAAGGGGUCAGCGGAGCAUUAUAAGGUCAAAGAGAGCGACGCUUUAUAUGCGAACGUCCUACUCGGCACGCAGCUUCACAACCAUGUGCAGCAUCGGAAGACCCACCAGGACGACAUGUACGCGGAUUACGAAAGCGUCGAUACUCCAUUAGUGGAGCGAAGAAAGAAUUGGUUGCAACGACAGAUCACUAGGAUGGGUUCCGUGCGUAGUUCCUCGACGACGUACAGCAGCGGGGGUGGUUUCUUCGCUCGAAAUCGACACAACAGCGUUUAUAGCAGUCCGGAAACUGGAGGACUUCCUCAAACAAACAAUCCAAAUUUAAAAAUGUCUCUAUACGAUCGGCUGGUAGGAAGGAAGAGCAGUCAGAGAAUGGGGCGACAAGGUACCAUGACGAAGCUGAACUCGGUGCCGGUUUCCCUGAAGAACCGACCCCGUAUACCUACACCGGAUGUGACGAAAGAGGUGGUCGACCGUGAGCAGAGAUUAGCUCUAUCGGCGACGAACGCCGCGAACAUCGGCGCGGGCGUAGUCGGAAUGAUACCAGCGAACGGGCACUAUCCAGCCGAAUUGCCGGUGGUGCAGGUGGUCCUUUCGCCCAUUCAAGAGGCGGAAGGCACGCCGGCGACUGGGAAAUCCGGUGCAGCAGCUUUGGCACAAGCUGUACUGUCGCCAACUUUGACCAGCGCCGGCCUCGUCGCCCCUGUCACCUUGACACCUGUUACGAUGAGCCAAUUGACGCAGCUGGGUCUAGUGACAACGACGUCUGCACCGAUGAUCAAAUCGAUGAAUCAAACCAAUAAUGUACAGGCCACGCUGACUGAAGUGAACAGCAGUGAGGAGGAAGGAUCGGGAAGCGGAAGCAGCAGGAGCGGUAGCAUCACCGGGCAAGAAGAACGAUCCACUCCGUUAAUAAAUCAAGACAGGAGCACGCCUCUGAUAGGAGAUAACGCCAGUCCACUGGGCAGCAACGGUAGCUCGCCUACCUUCGACAGUUACAACGAUCGUUCACCGAUUCUGAUGAAUCCUGAGAAAUUAGGUUACGUGGUCGGAACAGUGCCGACGACGCAGAAUAAUGGGAUAGUGACGAAUCCCCGUGGGAGACGGUCGGCUUCGUUGCCUGGUCCGCCUGUGGUGCAAUCCAAGGAUGACAGGAGUAUGUCUCUUCCGCAAUCGCCGGGGCUGCAACCUAGAGAAACUCGCGCAGCUUCGGUGUCCAAUGGCCACGAACCGCCAAACAUAGACAGGCUCAUAGUUCGCAAUCAGGACACUCGGCCGAGGACCAGCAGCAUCAGCCACGACCUUUGUAGACCUAAUCAUCGCGUCCAGGAUACCUCGAGGAAGAUCAGCAGCGUGUCUUGCACGAACGCGUCGCUGCCCACUGUCUUGGGUGGCACGACACCCACUACAGUGAGUACUGUAAAGCCAGUGGCUACUUCGGUCACGAACAGCAAACGGGGUGAGGUGUACGUGUGACCUGAGUACUUAGGGACAUUAUCGUAAAUUCGUAUUCGUUCGACGAACCGAACGAGCGUCGCACUUGCCUGAAAUCUGACUCCGUCCAUUAUUGUGAUGACUUGGUACGUUUCGUACGCGGUGAAAGUAGGAAACAGUUUACUUUCUGUAGGUACGCGACAACGAGCGUGAAGCGGCGAUGGGAUUUUUCGUUAUCCAUGUUUCCUUUUCUCUUUUUUUUUUUUUUUUUAUUAAUCGAGCUUCACGCGAGGAGUGUCGAGCGAGGGGCCAGGGGAUGCUUCCACUACUUUGUAAAUAUUUGACGAUUUUAACUUAUGAACACGCUUCGAUCGACGAGUUAAUUAAUAUUGCGAUACGGGUUCGCGGUCGGUGCAAAAUGUGUGUCGAUUUGCGUAGCGUGUCAAUCGUUCCAUGACUGAUCACUCGCAUUCGUGGUAAUGAUAGCGACGGGAUCGAGCUCGCAGAUUUAUUCCCCGCAGAAAAAACCGCUUGUCCUUUUUCUCUCUUUCUUUUUUUUUCUUAAUCGUACGUGCAAUAAUGCGGUAGCGAGCAGGGGACGCGUAAUCGGUAGCAGCGAAUUACGAAACGCGGCUCGCUCUCGCGUUCUUAGGAUAAAAAGAAACCGUACCGUUCACGUGACACGUGGAAGAAACGAGAAGAUGUGGGAAUACAUUUCCGUCACGCGUACACACGUGCGGCUGCUGUACCAUCGUUGUGCUUCGCGUCGACUAAGUCGUUACAAUUGUGAUACGAACUGUUUUUUUUUUUUUUCUUCCUUGUUUCUUAUAGAUACGCGUAGGAGUGAAUUUUGAACGCGAUCGUCUUUUUUCACCGCGAGGUUCGAGUCUGAAUUAUGGAAAUCGUAACUCGUGGUAGAAGUCAGAUCACGUUUGUAAAUAACUGAGAAUCGGCGACGUGACUCGUCGUUCUCGCGAUUAUUGCAGCCAGGCGGAGGAUGUUCUUCAUUUCACGCUUGCUACUUUAUAUUUAUUCGAAAUGGCGACAUAUUCGCAAAUUACAUGAGCCGUAUCGGGUCAGGCUUCGUCAUAUGCUGAAAGAUGCUUGUAUACAGUACUAUAUGGAAUUUGUUUUUUUAAUCUACGAAUGAAUUUAAGAUUAUAUAUUUUAAAUGUUAACUAAUUUUGUAGCCUAUAUUACAAAACAUUUUUUAACGAAUUGAAUUAACUUAAUUGUAUUAAUAAGAAUAGGCUUUGAUUUUUACGGAGUACUGUGUACAUGCAUGCGCAACGUUUGCCAUAUUUGCCAUACUCGAUAGGACAUUAUGCGAAAUAAAAUCGCGUUUAUUCGAAUUGGAGCGGUGAAAGUUGCGCAACUUCUUCGAUGCUCCUUGAAGUGUAUCGCGAUAUUUAUCACGUAUUACUUCAUAAUUGUUAAGAACUAUUUUAUAAUUGUUAAAUUUGUAUCAGUAAUCAUCAUCCCUUUUUUUUAUCAAUGCGAGGAACGAAUGCAAGCUGCGAUAUUCGACGAACAAACUUAACUCGACGAAGCUGAUUUAUUUAUGAAACCUGUAACUCAACGAGAUCGGAGAUCUCGUUUUAGUUUUUUCUAUUUUAUUAUGGUUAUACUUGUACGCAAUUCUCGUCGCGUAUUUAAUUACGCGCGUUCGUUAAAGUAAGCAGCAGCUCAAGUACUUUUCUACAUGAACUCGACGUUGAUAGGUCGUUCAGUUGUAAGUAACGAACAGUCAUUCGUUGUUGAAUGGAGUCAACGCACGUGUAAAUAGUAAAACAGUUAAGUUAAAAAUUCACUUGGUGUAUGAGAUUAUGAACAUGCUCAGUGCCAAUACACGUCGUUAAGUACUUAAGCCAGGCACUUUACCUUCGAUGCUACAUCGUCGAUCUUUAGUUAUCUUCGUUUAUAAUAAGAAUUGUGGCCUGAAGUGCAAAACGUGUAAAUACAGGCGUUGUUAUCAUCGAUUUUCUUGCAAUGUCUUCAUAUCAGCGGUCAGCAGUUUAACGAUGGGAGUAUCAAGUGAAACCGAAUGUGACACAUGAACCAUGCAAGAGACUUUUAACAGAAACUGUUAUCAAAGGACAAUAGUUUGGAAGAUGGUCAUGUAAAAGACAUUAAUAACAUAUCUAGGAUGUUUUCUUCACUUCGACCUGCACUUAUCAUAAGCAUAUCAAGUGUCGCGUCUGUGGACUUCGAACAAAUAGGAGCGCAUCCGAACUUGUAGAUAUUUAACAUACAGUAUUUGUAUAUAGGUUACAUCCCGCUCUCGCAUGAAAGGUUCUUUAGAAUAUAUACAUAGGUAAAGAAUUUUGUUCAUUUCGGUGCCCGAGCUGGCGUGAUGUAAAGUAAGAUGAAUCACAUGUAAGAAUAGUAAUACAUUAUUCGUAUUAUCUAUAUUCUACAAUAAAAAUAAACAUUUUUGAAAGCUUCAA